UCAAAAGAACGAAUCUUCGACUAAUUUCAUUCAUUUGAGUCAGUAUUGACAAGAGCACGAAUGAACACUUAUCUUUCGCGAACAGUAGCACCCCAAACGAUUCGUUUUCGAAUUUGUUAAUCAGAGGUUCUGGAGGCCUAUGUUUUGUUUCUUUUUCUUCUCUAUGACCUAAUUUGCCUGCGCGCAUAUAUGACAGACAGUUGUUGGUCUGGGCACGUCUCCAGAGUCACCGGAGAUGCCCGUUUUAAUCCUGAUCAAUCAGACAAAUGAAUCAUGACUCUCGAUUCAGUAAGAGUUGUUCAAAAAUAACAAAUCGUCCGCAAACUGCACAUCUCUAAUAAAUAAUUGAGGUUGUGAUUGCUCUGAACAUGUGACAUUUCAGAAUUUUGUUGCGGCAGCAACAAAUAUUAUACAUUUUUGCUAAACACAUUGAACUUCAACUGUGGAGUUUAAAAAGUGUUCUACGUCUGCUUCUUAACGGAAUUACUUUUGUUUUCACUUUGUACCUACCUACGAUGCAAACUUCAAAAGUCGCUCAAGCUGAUUUACCAUGCCAUGGUGAGGAGUCUAGCCAAGAAAAAGGAGGCAGAUGCUGAAGACGUGCCUAAUUUAUUCUGCUGCUUUCCAGGACACACCAGAAAGAGGCUGCAUAGUAAGUCACCAGGAAGAUAGAACGUUUUACCCUUCUUCCAAAAGUGUGGAGUCUACUGGCUAAGAAAGGAGGCACAUAGCUGGAGUCUUGACUCAUCUCCACUUCUGCUUCCCAGGACACACAGGGGAUAUACUGUGUCACAAAGAAGGCUGCAGAUGACAUGGACAAGAGGCUGAACCCCAAAACAAUGGAGGAUUUUAAACUAAUUCUCCUAAUUUAAGCUAUUUUCCCACUGAUCUGAAGCUCCUGCGACAGAGUGGGCCCAUGCCAUGUUGAGGAGACAGAGAACUGGCUCUCUUCUGAACGCUUUGCUGUGGUUUCUCUUCUUCGUUGCCAUGACAAUGAAACAGGCUUAUGGACAAUCCAUUAGCAGUUCAGAAAUUCACCAAAUUGUGCAAACAUUUAUUAAGGAGGAAGUUCACAAGAUGGAAUCAUUUGAUUGCAGACUGUACACCCCAACUUUAGCUGAUUAUAAGAAAUGUCCCAGGUCCACACUCACAUGCUUUACGACAGAAGUAAAAGUCCUGAUGUUAGAAUAUGGGAAACGUUCUUCAUCCUUACACCAGAAAAGACUCACCAAACGACUGACUAAAUUGAUGUCCUUGAUAAAACAGAAGGAUGGUGCCAACUGUCCACACUGUGAGGUCCACAGAGAACAGGCAGCAAAUGAUUUCUUAACAACAUUACUAGGGAUUCUGGAGUGGAUGAACAAUCAGGGGUCUCAGUUGCCAGACAGCCACUGAGAUGUACACACCCAUAGCCAGGGACAUCCAAGGACUCACAUAAGAGCAGAAAGCUACUUGAACAUUUUCUAGAUGUAGCAAAAUACUAUAUACACUACCAAGUUUGGGGUCACUUAGAAAUAUCCUUGUUUUUGAAAGAAAAACACUUUUUUUUGUCCAUUAAAAUAACAUCAAAUUGGUCAGAAAUACAGUGUAGACAUUGUUAAUGUUAAUGUGCAUAUUUGUAAACAACAGCUGGUGCACGAAAUCUAAGGAAGUCUCUAGAUUUUACUUGCCUGAAGUAGAGUAUCUUAUGAUAAACUGCAGACCACACUAUUUGCCAAGAGAGUUUUCAUCUUUACUUGUCGUGGUUGUUUAUUUACCACCACAGAUGGAUGCUGGCACGAAGACUGCACUCAGUCAGCUGUAUCAGGAAAUAAGCAAACAGGAAACCGCUCACCCAGAGGUGGCACUCCUAGUGGCCGGAACCUUUAUUGCAGGGAAACUUAAAUCAGUUCUACCUCAUUUCUGUCAGCAUGUUAAAUGUGCAACCAGAGGGAAAGAAAUUCUAGUUCACCUGUACUCCACAGACAGAGUCGCGUACAAAGCUCUCCCUCGCCAUCCAUUUGGUAAAUCUGGCCACAAUUCUAUCCUCCUGAUUCCUGCUUACAAGAAAAAAUUAAAGCAGGAAGCACCAGUGACUCAGUCUAUAAAAGAAGUGGUCAGAUGAAUAAUAUGCUAAACUACAGGACUGUUUUGCUAUCGCAGACUGGAACAUGUUCCUGGGAUUACAGCUCAGCGUUCAACACCAUAGUACCCUCAAAGCUCAUCACUGAGCUAAGGAUCCUGGGACUAAACACCUCCCUCUGCAACUGGAUCCUGGACUUCCUGACAGGCCGCCCCCAGGUGGUGAGGGUAGGUAGCAACACAUCUGCCACGCAGAUCCUCAACACAGAAGCGAGAGGGGUGCGUUCUCAGUCCCCUCCUGUACUCCUGUUCAUCCGCGACUGCGUGGCCAGUCACGACUCCAACACCAUCAUGAAGUUUGCAGACGACAGAACAGUGGACAGACAGAACACCAACAACGACGAGACAGCCUAUAGGGAGAAGGUCAGAUACCUGGCCGGGUGGUGCCAGAAUAACAACCUAUCCCUCAAUGUCACCAAGACUAAGGAGAUGAUUGUGGACUACAGGAAAUGGAGGACUGAGCACACCCCCAUUCUCAUCGACGGGGCUGUAGUGGAGCAGGUUGAGAGCUUCAAGUUCCUUGGUGUCCACAUCACCAACAAACUAGAAUGGUCCAAACACACCAAGACAGUCGUGAAGAGGGCACGACAAAGCAUAUUCCCCCUCAGGAAACUAAAAAGAUUUGUCAUGGGUCCUCAAAUCCUCAAAAUGUUCUACAGCUGCGACAUUGAGAGCAUCCUGACUGGUUGCAUCACUGCCUGGUACGGCAACUGCUCGGCCUCCGACCGCAAGGCACUACAGAGGGUAGUGCAUAUGGCCCAGUACAUCACUGGGGCUAAGCUGCCUGACUAAAAAUGGUCAAAAACCCCAGCCACCCCUGUGGUCUCUGGUCUCUCUGCUACCAAAUCAAAUCCAAUCAAAUCAAAGUUAUUUAUAUAGCCCUUCGUACAUCAGCUGAUAUCUCAAAGUGCUGUACAGAAACCCAGCCUAAAACCCCAAACAGCAAGCAAUGCAGGUGUAGAAGCACGGUGGCUAGGAAAAACUCCCUAGAAAGGCCAAAACCUAGGAAGAAACCUAGAGAGGAACCAGGCUAUGUGGGGUGGCCAGUCCUCUUCUGGCUGUGCCGGGUGGAGAUUAUAACAGAACAUGGCCAAGAUGUUCAAAUGUUCAUAAAUGACCAGCAUGGUCCAAUAACAAUAAGGCAGAAUAGUUGAAACUGGAGCAGCAGCACGGCCAUGUGGACUGGGGACAGCAAGGAGUCAUCAUGUCAGGUAGUCCUGAGGCAUGGUCCUAGGGCUCCGAGAGAGAGAAAGAAAGAGAGAAAGAGAGAAUUAGAGAGAGCACACUUAAAUUCACACAGGACACCGAAUAGGACAGGAGAAGUACUCCAGAUAUAACAAACUGACCCUAGCCCCCCGACACAUAAACUACUGCAGCAUAAAUACUGGAGGCUGAGACAGGAGGGGUCAGGAGACACUGUGGCCCCAUCCGCGGACACCCCUGUUCAGGGCCAAACAGGAAGGAUAUAACCCCACCCACUUUGCCAAAGCACUUUGCCAUGCUACCGUAUGGCAAGCGGUACCGGAGAACCAAGUCUAGGAUCAAAAGGCUUCUCGACAGUUUUUAUCCCCAAGCCAUAAGACUCCUGAACAGGUAAUCACAAAUGGCUACUCGGACCAUUUGCUUUGUGUGCCCCACACCCCAAACCCCUCUUUUAUGCUACUGCUACUCUCUGUUUAUCAUAUAUGCAUACUCACUUUAACCAUUCCUACAUGUACAUACUACCUCUAUCAGCCCGACUAACCGGUGCCUGUAUAUAGCCUCGCUACUGUAUAUAGCCUCGCUACUGUUAUUUUUCACUGUCUUUUUACUGUUGUUUUUAUUUCUUUACUUAUCUAUUGCUCACCUAAUACCUUUUUUUUACAUACUAUUUGCACUGUUGGUUAGAGCCUGUAAGUAAGCAGUUCACUGUAAGGUCUACACCUGUUGUAUUCGGCUCACGUGACAAAUAAACUUUCAUUUGAUUUGAGUUUGCACUGUUUUGUAACGAGUAGUACACAGCGUUGUACGAGAUCUUCAGUUUCUUGGCAAUUUCUCGCAUGGAAUAUCCUUCAUUUCCCAGAAGAAGAAUAGACUGACGCGUUUCAGAAGAAAGUUCUUUGUUUCUAGCCAUUUUGAACCUGUAAUCGAAGCCACAAAUGCUUAUUCUCUAGAGUCUAGAUACUCAACUAGUCUAAAGACAGACAGUUUUAUUGCUUCUUUAAUCAGAUACAACAGUUUUCAGCUGUGCUAAAAUAAUUGCAAAAGGGUUUUCGAAUGAUCAAUUAGCCUUUUAAAAUGAUAAACUUGGAUUAGGUAACACAACUUGCCAUUGGAACACAGGAGUGAUGGUUGCUGAUAAUGGGCCUCUGUACGCCUAUGUAGAUAUUCCAUUUAAAAAAUCAGCCAUUUCCAGCUACAAUGGUCAUUUACAACAUUAACAAUGUCUACACUGUAUUUCUGAUCAAUUUGAUGUUAUUUUAAUGGACGACAAAUGUGCUUUUCCUUAAAAAACAAGGACAUUUCUAACCGACCCCAAACUUUUGAACGGUAGUGUAUGAAUUGUAAUGUACCAGAUCACCGAUACCUUUCUUUCGGGGUAGCUGAUGAUCGGCUGGGGACAGAAGGUGCAGUCCUUGGAAUUGGCAGAGGAUGGCAUCAUCUCCUUCACUUAAUAGUCUGUCUGAUACAUUUUGUACAUUGAUGCACAAGGUACACACCAGUGUUUAAAUACAGUGUAUCACAUGUUGUGUAUAUUGCUCGAGACAAAGGUCUUUAUUUGUAUAUUUUUAUUUGAUUUUGAAUUUUAGAACCCUUUAAUAAAAACCCAGAAUUGAAUAACACGUUCAUAAAUGGCAAAAGAAAUACAGGUUUAGAAUUGUUUAUCUUAUAUCUACACAUAUGUAAGCCCUUACUCUUGUUGGCACAGAACUAUCUCUAUACUUCCAUUCAUUUGUAUGGGUUACCUUCAGACGAGUCCCGUGAGACUUGUGAGGGAGGUAGAGCAAAACAGAGAGCCCCAUCGUGUUCGUGAGAGUCUCCCCUUUUCAUAGAGUGGUCAUAGUUGGUAGGCAAAACUGUUCAGACGCUACAGACGUUUUCCUGAGAAGACCGAUUUUCUGGAUGUCUCAUGGUCUGACAAACACUGUUGUAGCUAGGCCACCUUCCACCACUGAUGCGGAAGGCUGACAUAGGCGGAUACGGUGCUGCUGCAUAAAUUAUGUAAUAUGCCAGGGAGAUAUGUAUACUGUAGCUAAGAAAGUAAUACUAAGUGUAUGUUGUGUAGUAAGCUGUUAGUAGCCCAUGUGCCUCACCCUAAUAAUUUGUCUUCUUUCUCCCUCAUAACUUAACCUACUGUUCUGACUUGGGGGUGCACAUGUAGCCUAUAGCCCGUUUUAGAGAAAUGUAAUCAUAGAAUAUUGUAAGAGCUUUUAUUGUCUGCUUAUAUACCCCCUGUAUUUAUCCUAUGGUUCUGACUUGGUGUACAGGGAAAAUAAUGUCUUAAUCAAAAUGAUGGAUUGCCUCUUAUCUGCUCUUCGUCCCCGAAUGCCAUAGUUUGUACAUCUCAAUUGAGAGUAGAAACCACAUUUGUUUAAGCAAGUCAGCCAUAUCAGCUACGUUUUUUUAAGGCAGUAAAUGAGGCUGAAUGAACUGUUUUGCUGCCAGACAAGGCUCCGCUGAUAGCCAGGUGCAGCGGUGGUAAGGAUUCUGUCACGACUCCCGCCGAAGUUGGCUCCCCCGCCUGUUCGGGUGGUGCUCGGUGGUCGUCGUCACCGGCCUACUAGCUGCCACCGAUCCCUUAUUCUUUUCGGUUAGUUUUGUCUCAUUUGUUACACCUGUUCCUAUUUUGUGUGUGCUUGAUUUUCUUCCCUAUUUAGCGUUUGGAACCCGCCCCUUUGUUGUGCGGGAUUAUUUUGAUGUUCACGUUGUAUUCGUUGGUGUUGUUUGUGCUCUGGACCUUGUUACCCGUUAUUUUGGGAUGGUCAGUGUUUGCGCCCUGUGUGUUGGGCAUUUCAUUUUGGUGCCGUAUUAAAGUGUACUUUUCCCCUUGA